UCCUACGGCAGGCAUAUGCUCUGACCACAUCUGAAACACCCCCUUUGUCUCCAACCUUUUGUCUCUUCCUUACUGCACUUCCGCUCUCUCUCCCCUGCAUUGCAUGCCCCCUGCACUGCACCCCACACAGCAAAAUUUAACACUUCUCACUGCUCCCCUCUCCCUCCUCUCUGUAUGUCCUCUCCUCUCCCUAGUGGCAAGUAUGAGUGUUACUGAGUUGCAUGCACUGUUAGUACAUAAGCUAACCUGGCUCAUAGCUGGUCACUCGUGUGCAUAUACGUGUGAAGUGUCUGGCACAGCUCAUUAACCAGAUAUAUAGCUGGUUGCUGUAACUGCUUGCGUAUAUUAAGCUAGAGGGCUGGUUGGUGCUGUUGGAGCUGAGAUGUCCAUGGCGAGGACGGUGGUCGGAAGGGAGAGGAACGGGGGCGUGAGGCAGUACAACAGGUCCAAGGUGCCUCGCCUGAGAUGGACGCCUGAUCUGCACCACUGCUUCGUCCACGCCAUUCACAAGCUCGGAGGCCAGGACAAGGCUACGCCGAAACGAGUUCUGCAGCUGAUGGGAGUGGGAGGCCUCACCAUAUCUCAUGUCAAAAGCCAUCUGCAGAUGUACAGGAACAUGAGAAAUGAUCUUGGAAUGCAAGGAAUGCAGGUGCACCGGACGGAUCAAGAGCACAUAUAUGGAGGAGGCAUGGAAGUCUGCACUGAUAUGCAGCAGCAGUGUGAUAAUGAGUGUGAUGCCUCCUGCUGCAUCUCCCACUCUCCAAAGCCUAGAAAGGAACCAAUGCUGCUUCGCCCCCAACUGAAAAGGGCAGUGGUAGCAUCUGAGACGGAGACAAGCCGCGAACGGGAGGAGGGGAGCGCGAGCCCCAGGAGCCUGCUGAGAGGCCAAGGAAUAUGUGAGAGGGACAGGUCGUCGUCGAGCCCGUACUGCACCCUCGCAGCAGCCGGUGACUACAACUACAUGCGCAUGCAGCUGCAGAUGCAAGCGGCCAUGGGCAUGGCGCCUCCUCACGCGGAGGUGGAGCCCCGGGGAACGGGAAUAAAGCAAAAGGCGCAGCAGCACGGGCCGCGGCCUGCUGCGGCAGACAGCAAACACGCCUCCGCCCCUCCUCCUUCCAAGCUCACAUUCUUGGGCUUCGUGGUGGCGCCGGGGCCGCCCCCCGCCUGCUGCCGCCGCGACCACCCUUUUGAGGUGGUCGGCCCGGCUCCCACCCACGGCGUCGCCCUCACGACGAACCGCGCAGGAGCACGCCUCCCGUGCAUCCUCGAGAUGCCAAGCAAGGCCGUCGUCGCCAGACCUUCGUCGUCGGUAGGUUCCGAACACGAAGAGUACUGCUCGCUCUCGCUGUCCCUGGCACUGGACACGGGUAACGGCCGCGGGGCGAGCGGGCAGUGCUGCACGUACAGCGGCGAGGAGGGGAACCUGCUCUCGUCGACGACGUCGUCGCCGGGGAGCCGGAUCAGCCUCGACCUGUCGCUCUCCACGUUAGCAAAUUAA